GUCGAUGUUCAACGCCCGCGGGACGCACACGGAGCUCCAUCUCAGCGCCGCCUCGUUGCUAGGGUCUUCCGUUACCCCCGGCUACUGUUUCCAGGCUCCUAGGAGAUUGAGGAAUGCAAAUCUGCAACCAUGAUGGAAGGACUGAAAAAACGUACCAGGAAGGCCUUCGGGAUACGGAAGAAAGAAAAGGACACUGACUCCACGGGAUCUCCGGAUAAAGAUGGUGGCAAAAAAGCCAAUGGGGCCCCAAAUGGAUUCUAUGGAGAAAUUGACUGGGAUCGAUAUAACUCGCCUGAGGUGGAUGAUGAAGGAUACAGCAUCAGACCAGAGGACGAAGGGGAAACUGCUCCCAAAACCAAGCACUUUUACUCAUCCAGUGAAUCUGAAGAAGAGGAGGACCACAGGAAAAAGUUCAAAAUCAAGAUCAAACCGUUGACUGCAGACAGUGGUAGUGUCACAGUCCCCUCGAUGGAUGAGCUGAAAGCGUCCAUAGGAAACAUCGCCUUGUCCCCCUCGCCGCUGAGAGUCAGUCCGAAACGGAGCCCGGGCCACAUCAAAAGGAAUUUAUCAAGUGAGAAGAUCGCCAGACCUAGACGCUCUGUCCGCGUGCCAGCGGCAGCACCUGUCCCCAGGGCUGUGGCCUCAUCUCCUCCUGAAGAGACGAUUCCAGAAGAUGCCACUGCCUUGUUUGGGCCUCCCCUUGAGACAGCCUUUGAUGCAGAUCAUUCAGAAGAUGCGGUGACUUUUGCUGAGCCGGAUGUCUGGGGUGCCCCCAAGCCAGACUCACGCCCUGGCUCCCCUUCGAUAAGACCCUGUCCUACUGGAACUCCACCCCCUCUCCCACCCAAGAAUGUCCCGGCCUUGCCCCCCGACAGCAGCCCCACUACCGGGUCCUCCUCCCCAGCUCGCCCUGCAACUCCAUUGACCGUCAGCAGCCCGACUCCGCCCCCACCUCCCCCGCGACCUCCGUCACGACCAAAAUUGCCUCCUGGGAAACCCAGUGUCGGAGACGUGGCCCGGCCAUUCAGCCCACCCAUCAACUCCUCCAGCCCGCCGCCAUUCGCCCCUCUGGCCAGGGCGGAAAGCACGUCCUCCAUCUCUUCCACCAACUCCCUGAGCGCUGCCACCACGCCCACCGUCGAGAAUGACCAGCCUUCCCUGGUUUGGUUUGACAGAGGAAAGUUUUAUUUAACCUUCGAAGGCUGCUCUCGAGGGCCUAGUCCACUCACCAUGGGGGCCCAAGACUCCCUCCCGGUGGCGGCUGCAUUCACCGAAACCGUGAACGCCUACUUCAAAGGAGCCGACCCUAGCAAGUGUGUGGUGAAGAUCACGGGGGAGAUGGUGCUGUCUUUUCCUGCUGGGAUCACCAGACACUUUGCCAACAGUCCUUCUCCAGCCAUCCUGACAUUCAGCAUAACCAACUACAGCCGGCUGGAGCACGUCCUACCUAACCCCCAGCUGCUGUGCUGUGACACCACACAACCCAACUCGACCUCGAACUCGAAAGAAUUCUGGGUGAAUAUGCCAAACCUGAUGACCCAUUUAAAGAAAGUGUCAGAUCAGAAGCCUCAGGCAACGUACUACAACGUGGACAUGCUGAAGUAUCAGGUAUCUGCACAGGGCAUCCAGGCCACACCCCUCAACCUAGCGGUCAGCUGGAAAUGUGACCCUACCAGCACUGACCUCAGAAUAGACUAUAAGUACAAUGGGGAGGCUAUGACCUCACCGACCGCCCUCAACAACGUCCAGUUCCUAGUUCCAGUCGAUGGAGGGGUGUCCAAGCUGCAAGCCAUGCUGCCCACUGCCGCCUGGAAUGCAGAACAGCAAAGAAUCCUGUGGAAGAUUCCAGAUAUUUCACACAAAUCUGAAAAUGGAGGUGUGGGGUCCCUGCUUGGCAGGUUCACUCUGACAGAGGGCCCCAGUAACCCUGCCCCCCUAGCAGUGCAGUUCACUAGUGAGGGCAGUACUCUUUCUGGCUGUGGCAUUGAGCUGGUUGGUGCUGGAUACCGCUUCUCCCUCAUCAAGAAGAGGUUUGCUGCAGGAAAAUACUUGGCUGAAAAUUAACCUCUUCUGAAGAACACAGUGAAAAUAAUAUCAUUGAUUCUGACGGGAACUAAAGACAUACAGUAGGACACUUGUUACAAAAUGAGGCAACAGUUACACAGAAGUCUUUUAGCCCUUUGUGUUGAGGAAGGGAUACAGAUGACCCAUCCAACAGUGUUAUGUAACUUGGUUUACAGAAUUGUCAACAGUAGGUAUACAUUUGCUGUGUCUGUAAUAUGCAUUAUUUUUUGGAAAUGUCUUGUGUUGCGGUUAUCAGACAUCUUUUGGGGUUGGUGCUUCCUUCAAACGUGCAGAAUUGCACAUUAUAUCUGCCGGUGGAUGGUGGUUCCUAUGGUUCUCUCUGACCCCCUGCUUAUAGAUCCAGCAGAAGAUAUCUACCAACAUAUAUUAGAGACCAUAAAGUCUGAUAAUAUACUUCAAACCUAAAAAGCUCCCUUUUUGUCUUUGAAAGGAAACACAUUUUCCCAACCUCUAAAAGAUUGUCUUCAAAAAUACUACUUUCUUUCUUUGUAAUCAACAGUUCCACCUAUUAAAAAAAAAAAAAAUAGAUGAAAAUUUCAAUCAUGUGGGUUAGAUCGAGGCUGCCAGCAGUGUACCUUGUUUUGAUGACAACAUGGGUUGUGAUGUUUCUGUGGAGCCUAGAAGAUGAUGAGAACAAGAUGAGGUCCCCACUUGAGUGGAACAGUUUAGUAGUCUAUUUCAGUGCAAUUUAACUCAACCACCCCCUCCCAAGUGACUAAUAGAGUAUUAUAAUGAUUCAUCGUUUUCUAGUUGCAAUAUUGGAACAAAUAUUUUACCCUAAAAAAAUGUAAAAAGUGUAAUUUAAAAUUGUUACUGUAUAUCCUAAAGGGCGUUUGGUGUUUCUGCGUAUUGUCACAUAGCGUUUUUGUUGUUCUUCCGACAACGAUCGUAGACUUCAAAGUACAUUACAGCACUAUAUUUUUUAUUUAUUGAUAAUACUGAUUGUUGUAAAAAAAAAAGUGACUGUAUAUGACUAGAAUUUGAAUGGUACAGUUUAUCUGAAUCCCUAGAGUUAUAUUUUAAUUCUUUUUUGUUAUCUGUGUAUGUUUGUAACCUCUGUACAGUGUAAUGCUAAGGUAUAAUUUUAAAAUUGAUUUCAGAUAUAAUUUUUUAUUCUGUGGAGCUAUAUAUGGUGUGGGUGAAGGGAGAGAAUCCUGGAUGCAUUGUCCUUGAAAAAGCGGAGUUGUAUCUAUGGUAAUAACAUGGAUUUGUCAGCUUUUAACAUUGUAACUUCGAUGUGACCUCAAUGUGUUUGUUCUAGAGUUCUCAACAGCAUACUGUGACAUCUCCAGCAUGAGUCAGAAUAAAACAAAUGCUUGAAUCCAUGUCUUUUAUUUUUGCAUAGAGUAACAGUCUCUGUGAGAUGGGAAAAAAGGAAUAGUGCUGAAGAGAUUGCCAAAAUGAUUUAUGUGCUCUGUAUUAUCUCCAGGCAAAGUAUUGUGUGAACGCAUUUUGUUUUUGUUGUUUGUUUGACUAGCAUUGAAAAUAAAAGACAUUGACUUUACGUACUCUGCACAUUUUGAGAUUAUACAAAAAUAACAUUAUAUUAGCAAGAACAGUGUAUCUUAACUGUUAGAUCUUUUGCUUUAUGUUCCUCCAUACUUUUUGGGCUGGAUGCAGUCAAAAUGUGUCUUUGAAUUUAACUAACAAGCGAUGUUUGUGACAAAUAGACCUCAUCAAAGUGUGUGUAAAUGAACAGAAAAAACAUGAAAAUGUUCAGGCUCAAUUGCAGCAUGCUUAGCAGGAUCUGAAACCUCGGGUUUAGACGCCUAGAUGCCGGAACUGAAACAGCUAUCCAAAUCUGCAAAAUGAAAAUUAGCUGUUCCAGUUGUAAUACAGUUAUAUGGUCUAUGGGUUUGUCCCUGAAGUUUACACUCCAGUUAAGCAUUGCAAUUGACCCUCAACAUUGGGCACAAAUGUCCAGCCAAGCAAAUAUGUUGUUUUCCUUUCAAAGUGAGCUGUAUGCACCAAUGUGGAAAAUAAGUGUCAUAAGGCAUAAUGCAAUCUUAAAAAUCUACAGCAAUGUGAAACAUAGCAAAUAUGGCCUUUCAUUUUUCAAGAAAACAAAUAAUGCUUUUCUCCUCAAGGAACCUUUGGCAUUCAGUCAUUUUGUUUUCUCUUUGUAAUUCAAGACAAAUGACUACACAAUCCACAAAGGCCCGGCAUUUAUUUAUUUCACAGUGCAUCAGAUUUUUGCUUCAUUGAUGGUUUAUCAGUUACAUAGCUUCAUAAAUUAUUUGGCUGUCUUGAGAUGUAAAUUAUUUAUUUUUUUAAUGCUGUAUGGUCUGAACUGAGAAGCCUGGUUCUGGUUUCAUUGGCUGCUGAGAUUGUUCACUGUGAUCAAAUGUCAGCCUAUCGACACAAAUGGCAUGAGACAGGUUGAUUUUUGUGGAUUUACUUAUUUACUAACAAUAUUCACAUUCUGGGCAGUGCCCUCCCCUUGACCCCCGAUAAGUACAUAUGUCAAAUUGCACUUUGAGGACUGUAAAGGUCAGAUUUGAAAUAAAACUGUCACUUUUGAAGUCUGUUGGUUAGUUGUAUUAUAAACCUGGUCUCAUGCCCUUCGUUUGAUAGGUUGGAAUCUGACCAUGUUGAUGUGAAUGAACAAGAUCAGGUUAAACUGAGAUACACAACUGUAAAUACAAGUUACGGUCAAAUAUGCAUCUAAAUCGUUAAAGAUAUCUUGAUUUAAUACAAAUGAUAUACAUAACUUAAGGCAGAACACACUUAUCCAGUUGGCUUGCAUACGGUUAUUUUUCUUGAACAAUCUUAUGCGAUAAUAUUUCUAUGACAUGUUUUCCCUUUAUUUUCCUCUCAGCUGGCACAAAGUAUUUGCCACAUCAUUUCAACAGUGUCAUUUGCAACAAUUUUAAAAAGGCAAGAAAGAAGCAUUCAGCAGCCAAAUACUGUACAUUUCACUGUUUAGUUGUGAUUCUAUUAAAAAAAUGUUUUGCCACUUCAACAAAGGUCAAAGAUGGGCUAUACUUAGCAUCAAACAUCCUCACACCUCAGCUUCUCAAAAUAUUAACAGACUUGGUUUUAUUUCACAUUUUCACUCAUAAUGUGGGAUUUACUUUUGCUCUGAAGGUUGUGGAAAUAUCUUCUGUUGUUUUUGUAAUUGUGACAGAAUUUUGUUUGACCUGCGUCUCAAGUUUAAGUUCAAAAUGUAUUGGCCACACAGGCAAAUACAAAUUCUUUGUCACAAUCAUUUAAAAAUCAUAAUAAAAUUUAAAAACAGACAUAUACUGUAGAUAUGUUGGACAGUACAGAGACAUGCAAGCACUGUCUACAUCAGGGUCUACAUUCCAGAAUAAGAUAAUGAAAGGACAAAUAAAUAAAUAAAUAAAUAAGUCAGUCAGAUAUUCAAAAGACACACCGCAUUCUAUUAAAAACUGUUUCUGAACCUGCUUGUCUGGGUUAUAAGGCUCAGAUAUAUCUGACCUGUGUUACUGGUUUUAAAUUGUAUUCUACUUUGAGACAGUUUGAGACAGGAUUCAGGACACUUUUCAUGGUUAUUCUGGUACACUACCCAUGCUACUCUUUGCUUUAUUCUUCUGACUGACAUAAUCCACCAUUUCCUAAAUUUUAUAGGUAUAGAUUUUGCCUCAAUAUGUUGUCUUUCUGUACGAAACAAACCAAUGUACAUGGUUACAUAGGUAUUAGUGUUGUGACUUGCACCUUCCCCUUAAUUAUUGGUUUAAUUAGAAAAUCUGCUUUAAAGUACCUUCUUUUAAUUUGAUGGCUUCGAAGGCUUUAAAAAAUAGUUUCUUCAGUAAUAUCUGGUAGACUUCAACUGCCCUUGAAAUAGUCUAUUUGUUGAAAUAGCUUUGCAUCUUCUUUGCUUAGUUUUAAAGCCUUACUGGUAAGUGACCAUUUUGUAAUUACACAAUUUAGAGUAACUGCACCACUUCUGUAAUUUGGCUGCUGUUGUAAGAAUGUGUGAAGGAUCUAAGAUGAGUUCAUAUCUGGAUGAAUAUGUUUUGCCUUAUAGAUUUUUCUGUGGUAUCAUUAUAUCAUGUAUAGUCAUCAUACCCUUUGUAAAUAUUUUUGUUGCCUUCCUUUUUAUAUAAAUGGUAUAUUUAGCUGUGGCUACAUCCUAUCCAUUGCACAAGAUACUGAAUAUGCAAUCAUUUAAUGUAAAAGUACCUUGAAAAAAAGAAAAUUUCCCAUCUAAUGACUUCUAAAGUAUAUGAACUUAUAUACUUAGUAUAUAAGCCUGACUAUGAUGUAAUACCUGUUUAAAAUGUCCAUUCAUGUAAGUUUUCUUGGAAAUAAAUUGAGGAAAAUCAA